UGUUGCCAAAGCAGGGAGCGACGAUUUUGACGUAGAAGGAAGUGCUGCUCUAGCUUUCUGUUUGUGUGGCGGGGAGAGCAGUGGACGCAGGGGUUGUUGCACUUUCCGGUAAAUUCACGCUCUUUCGAUUUUUGCUGGAAUUAUAUUUUCCAGACAAACGGGAUUUGUUUUGUAAAUGACAAUCAUGUGAUGCACAGAUUCAUGCUGCUGUCCGGUUGUAACUACAAACCCAUCCGGAAGACUGGGGAUUUGAGUCGCUUCGAUUAGACUGGGGACAACUGGAAAGCAAAUGUCGAGGGUUGACUAUUUUAGUUUUCUUUACAAAUCGCGAAAAAUCCAGGCAAUUGAAACUGUUAUUGAAUAAUAUUGCAUUCAUUUGAUUGGUCGACCGACAAGUUAGAUUUCUCUGGCCGACUGUUGAUGUUCUCAAUUGUAGCCUAACAUUCAACUUGUUACAUUGUACAUCUCAUAUAGUUACAGUAAUAUGAAACAGUAGCGCCGCAACUCGGGAUUUCUGCUGAGGUAGAACCUCUGGAGUCUACUGUAAACUGUUCAAUAGAACAUCAUUGAUGGACAUAGUUAUUUCUGCUUUACAUCCGGUUUGAAAGAAGGAACUUUUUUUUAAUGGCAGGAACACAUCAUUUUGUCCCCUUCAUUGGUUAUUGAUCCAAUAGUUGACUGUCAAUAAGCAUACGAAGGCACUGGUCUAUUCACAUUCUCUGACUAGGCUACACCACAUUAUUGAAAGGCAAGUGCAGCUCACUAGAACUUCGCGCAGCCCCUUUGGGACUUCCCAUGAUUUGCUGUGCCCUGGUAGACUAGAUAACAGAGAGAGAACAUGGAAGAUGAGAUGUUUGAGCAGCUCAUGUAUGUCCUGAACCAACUGGUGACAUGGAUUGCUGCGGGGGCUAUGGUGUUUGGUGGAGUGGUGCCUUACAUCCCCCAGUACAGGGACAUCAGACGGACACAGAACGCAGAGGGAUUCUCCACCUAUGUCUGCCUCGUCCUACUGGUGGCCAAUAUUCUGCGUAUACUGUUCAGGUUUGGGCGCUACUUUGAGACGCCACUCCUGUGGCAGAGCAUUGUCAUGAUAGCCACCAUGUUGAUCAUGCUCAACCUGUGUACCAACGUCCGCGUAGCCACCGAACUCCAGACUAAGCGGCGUUCAUUCACAGCAACAGACAGUAAGGACGAGGAGAUCAAAGUCCCUAAGAAGUUCUUUCUGGACUUUGACUGGAGCCACUUCUGGUCGUGGAGUCGUUUCGUGGACUACCUGCAGUGUGUGUUGGCGUUCACCCUGCUGGCGGCCUACGUCACCUACCUGCUGCUGGACUCGUCUGUGUUCGUAGAGAGCCUGGGCUUCCUGGCUGUCUUCACUGAGGCCAUGCUGGGGACGCCACAGCUCUACUGCAACUACCAGAACAAGAGUACUGAGGGGAUGAGUAUAAAAAUGGUGAUGAUGUGGACGAGUGGGGACACCUUUAAGACGGGUUACUUCCUGCUGACCGAGGCUCCUGUCCAGUUCUGGACCUGUGGUCUGCUGCAGGUGGGAGUGGACAUUGCCAUUCUAUUCCAGGUCUACUACUACAGCCGCUACCCGCAGAAACCCGUCUCGCACACCGUGUCACACACAACCAGCACCAAGGCACUCUGAGACCCCCUAACACACACACACACACAUCGUUACCAAUCGGUCAUGAGCACACAAACUAGUUAGAGUUACUUUGCCUGAAGAAUUUUGCUGAAUGACACUUGUUACAUUUCAUUUCAAAACGGAGAGGACCUCCAGUUAUAUGUAUGUAUUUGUAUGUUGUGCAGAUGGUUAUACAAGUAUAUCCCUAAGAAUAUAUCCCUGUAUAUGAAUAUACCUGAGCAUACACACAGAAUCUUAUGCACAUGCAUCAAUCUACAUUGCAGUCAUAUGCACUGUGUAUGGAUGGACACUCAAGGAAGUGUGGACCAGCUUUCCUGUCCAUAGAUCUGAUGAUUGUUGCAUGGAAAAACCUUAAGACUUUCACAAAGGGCUGUUUACUCAGCCAGUGAUCACAAUGUACAACCGAUCAUCAAAGUAACUAACAGAAACCUUACUGAAUGUACAAUGGAAUUAUUAUUUGGGGGGAAAUUAGAUUCUACAUUUAAUUUAGAUAGCUCUUUGUUCUAAGUUCUCCACGGGUCGGGUCUGUCUGAUCACUUAGGCCUCUUCUGGUCUGGUUGGAAGACCUCCGACUGCUGCUGCUGCUUGUUGGAAAAUUCACCAGAUUAAUUCAACUGGAAGCAACAGCAGUUUUACCAAAAAUGAAAAAGGCUGUCUGGGCCAGAGGCCUGGUUCCUGGGAGCUCCAACACGUUUCCUUCAGAUGACUCUGAGGUAAAGCUUAAGGACUCAGUGGUUCAGUGGACCACUGUGUUGCUGGUAUUACGGACAGUAAGGGAGUCAGUGGAGCGAGGGAGGUAGGACAUUUUGUGAAACAAAUAUUAUGUUUAUGUUACUGUUUUCAUUUAAAGGAGUAGCAGCCAUGUUCGUAGGCCAGGGAACUGGAAGGACUUUCUAUGUUCUGUGUUUUUUAUGGUAAAUGAAAACAACAACAAUGCAUCGGGAAGGACAUUAAGUACAAAGCUCCUGUCUUUAACACUGUUUAUACAUGGUUCUAACAUGCAUCCUUUCUCCUGUCCACAUUCUGAUCGUGCCCGCAUUUUCAGACAGGUGUAGACGAUUUAAAGACAUGUACGUACCAUGUGUAGACAUAUUUCUGGAAAUAUGGGCACAAUCCGAAUGUGGACAAGAUCAGGACAAAGGUCGCAUGUUAGCGCCAGGUAUAAACAAGGCUUCUGAGGACCUAGUGACAGUCUGUUUGCUGGUCUAUGGACAACUCAACUCAUCUCCCUGCUCCUCUCAGCCUCAAGCACCCCGAGAAACCUUUUAUUUGUUUAAAUAGGACCUUUAGAAUUUUUUAGGAAUAUUUCUUUCUUCAGCUUUCUUCAAAUGUUUUAGAUGUGUGCUUUUGGUGGAGACGUCUUAUUCUGCUGAGGGCUGGUGUGGGUGCAGGGUUUUGUUCUAGCCAAGUAGUAGGCAUGUCCAGACUCAACCUCUUGGAGUGUUUGACCACAUGGUAAGUUGAAUCUCUCUGGGUGUAACCAAGACGAUACCAGCACUACAGCUGUUAUAUUCACUUCUGAACUGCUGGCUAAAAUGUAGUUGGUGGUUGCGUCCAAGAUGGCGUCCUAUUCCCUGUUUAUUACAAUACUUUUGACCAAGUAGUGCACUCUAUAGGGAAUAGGGUGCCAUUUCAGACGCACAUAUAUUUUUUUUACGCUGGAUACUCUGGGAAACGUUAUUUUAAUCACUGGCGAUGCAGAAUAUUUGUUUUGUUAUGCUAUCCAUAUUUUUCUAAUCCUGAAACGCUUGUAUAAUCACAAACCUUGUACACUUGCCCUUUAUCAAGCUCUUUUUUACAAUGAUGAGGAGGACGGUGACUCAUGUCAAAUGGUGACCGUUAUUGUCAUUGUAUGAAGAAGUUGUGCACCUAGUAAACUGGUUGUGUAGCAUCAACCGGGCCAAAAUGACUCACUGUUUCUGAUGUAGUUGUAUUAUUUUGGUGGUGGUUCAGUUUUAGUUGUUCAUGGGUAAAACUGCAGAACUAUUCCUCUGUUCAUGGAGAUGCUGAUCAAACAAUGCCAAUCCUUGUGAUUUUUGAAUAUUUUUUGACAUAGUUUUAGGUCAGGAUUCAAUCUAAGUUGCGUUAUAGAACACUGCACUGGACUGCCGACAAUGCCCCUUUUUAAAGGCAGUUUACACCAAAACCGUCUUUCGCAGUGUCCAUACCAGGAAUUCUAUCUCUGCGAACUCGGGGGAAAUUGCCUUUAAAAAGCGUAUUGUCGGCUGUCCAGUGCACUGCUCUGUAAGGCGCCUUGGACAGAACCACAGCCUCAGUUUAUGUACCCCCAAUUUCUUUUUAUGUUUAUCAUUACCUUUUAUUACCACGUUGUGUCUUGUUGUUUUUCUACACAGUACAUUACCACAUUUCUUUCCAUGGAAUGGCCGGUUCUUUCUAUAGAAUUGCCAGUUCAUCGUCAAUAGACAAUUUAAAUCAACCUCUGUCUGAUAUGCUCUUACUUGUUGCCAGUAUUCAUGAAAGCUCUGUGGCGCUGUCAUUAAAGGCCAAAAUGAGAACUUGU